UGAGGAGGACAGAGAGCGGCAGAGUCAGGGUCGCUGCGUUGCUGCCACUCAGGUAGUGGGGAAUGCAGCAGGCCCCUGGUUUAUUUGCCGCAACUACCGCGCAACGAAAGGUGAGUGGGGAAACGACCGUUCUUUAUUUGGUUGCAAUGGAAGGACUGUAGAAGAAUGCCAAGAAAUGAGGAAACUUUUGAAUUAGGAUUAAACAAAAUAUAAUUAUACUGUGAGAGUCACUAAAAUGAAUUCUAGUACAAUGAGUUAAAGGAAGUUUUUGUUCCUUUGCUCAUAUGUUCAGUUCGUGCAAGCAUUUCUCUGAGUUUGCUACUGUUUGUUACAAAAUUUGAAUCUAGAUUGUUUUGUUAGUUUGCAUCGAAGUACAAAUUGGAAAAAAAUUACAUCCUUAGUAGUUAACCAAAUGACAUAGAUGAAAAAAUACCAGAACAUUUCUUUUUGGUUUUUCCAGCUGGUCACUAUCAUGCAAAAAAAGAGCUCACUGAGAACAUGUGGCUGUCUCUUUCUUUCCCCCUCCCCCCAGGUGAACCCCCUCUCUGUCAACUAUGGCUCACUGCAGGAUGACGCUGAGCCAGGGUCAGCGCAAGGAGAGCCUUGGGUAGCUGGUAGAGAGGCUGUUGAGCUGAGUGUUAAGGAGGCAGCUCACAUGUGGUCAGCACCAUGCAGCUGAGCCAGCCGCCAGCUCACAUUACACACUCUUGAAUUUAUAACCUCGAUGGAUGGUGAUAGUUCUACAACAGAUGCUUCUCAAUUAGGAAUUGCUGGAGAUUAUAUUGGGAGUAGUCACUACGUGAUACAGCCCCAUGAUGACACUGAAGACAGCAUGAAUGAUCAUGAAGACACAAAUGGUUCCAAAGAGAGCUUUAGAGAACAAGAUAUAUAUCUUCCCAUCGCAAAUGUGGCAAGGAUAAUGAAAAAUGCCAUACCUCAGACGGGAAAGAUUGCUAAGGAUGCAAAGGAAUGCGUGCAGGAGUGCGUAAGUGAAUUCAUCAGCUUUAUAACGUCAGAAGCAAGUGAGAGGUGUCACCAAGAAAAACGGAAGACUAUAAAUGGGGAAGAUAUUCUUUUUGCCAUGUCCACCCUGGGAUUUGACAGCUAUGUUGAACCUUUGAAGUUGUAUCUCCAGAAGUUCAGGGAGGCAAUGAAAGGAGAAAAGGGAAUUGGGGGAGCAGUUACCACAGCGGAUGGCCUUAGUGAAGAGCUUACAGAGGAAGCUUUUACCAACCAGUUGCCAGCAGGUUUGAUUACUACAGAUGGCCAACAGCAAAAUGUUAUGGUCUAUACAACAUCUUAUCAACAGAUCUCUGGUGUCCAGCAAAUUCAGUUCUCAUGAUUGGAAGGCUUUGGAUCUGGGAAUGUGAGACGUGGGAGGAACUAGGGAAUGCAUAAAGGUUUGAAAUGGCUGGUAAAGAAGAAAAUGUCACUUUGUAUAUUUCAGUAGCUGUAACGUAGCUGCCUGAGGCUUGACUAAUUGAGGUGUGAACUCUGACUCGAACCUUUUCUCAUGAAUGAUUUUUUAAAAAAUUGGAUUUUAAAGGUAUUAAAGUAUUUUUGUUUUGUACAAGAGUUUGUCGCUCUGUAUAACUCCUGUAUGCAUUGUAUAUUGCAAUUUACUACUGUCAGAGAUUUGUAGACAGUUUCUUAUUUUCAUAUUGAAUCAUGUUACUUUUGUAAUUCAAGUAAAACAGCUGGGCUUAAUUCAUGUUUACCCUUUGAAUAAAACAUAAGGGUACUGUUUAUUUUGAUUGCAAGUUGCCUCUUCUUAUGAAAUUUGAGCCGAUCUUUGUUUUGUAACUGUCUUGCAUGACUAAAGUUGCGUUAACGUAUUUAUUGAUAUUUUAACUUUGAAAGGGAAUUCCUCAAGCGCCUGCAGUUCAAAUUAAGUGCUCCCACUAUUUUUAAUGUAAUUAUUGAAUUAAAUGUGAAUCCAUAUGUAACUAGUCCUUAGAUCUUCUCAGCAUUAGACACUUGGGACAUAGGCUACCAGGAACUCCUUUGCCCCUGCUUUACGAUAAUGACACUGCAGAGCUAGUUGUUGGGUUUUGGCUGGUGUUCAGUAACAGUGUUAGCUGUACCUUGUGGUGCAGUACUUCUGCACCAGCUGGAGUAUGUAGUAAUUUUGGUUCAUCCCUUUGAUUAGGAGCAUUAGUCGCACUGCUUUUGAAAUAAAUUUUUUUCAUUUUUGAACUUUUUUAAACAAAGCAAACUUCCUUUACUCCAUUUGAGUUUUGGUAAAUAUCUUUUUUGAAGCGUGUGGCAGUUUAUAACAAAUGAAGUGUGUAAGCAUGUGUCUGGGAUCUGAAAUGAGGGACUUGAGCUUCUAGAUGCUAGCUCUUUCCUGUCCUUGCAAUAAAUUAUGCUGAAGGUUUAGGUAGGUACACAAAUCCUGAGAUCUUGUGUGCCAGCCUGUCAGUAUCUAGGAUGGAACAUUGUGGCAAUGACUUGUUGUUUUGGCUACCUGCAGUUGUUGCCUAGAAGUGAUCCACUAGAGAUUAAAUUUUAGAUGAGUGGAGAGCCUGUGACUCUUUAAAGAAGGCUCCAGGAUAACUGUUUAUAGUAUGAAUCUACUCAUAGGGUCCCAGCCUUCAUGUUUGCCAGAUGGGCAAUGUACAGUAUGACAAAAUGUUAAUUGUCUAUGGAGAGUUGGUGAGUUAGUCAUUGUUGGUAUCUUCAGAGUAGCCCCCGCCUGAUUUUAGGGCCAAACUAUGUUUCCUCACAGCUGGUACUCAAGCUUCUAUGCAUCGCAGGUAUAUAUUGGGUAGGUUAAAGAACUUGUUUAUCAUUUCCUAUGUAUAAUUUAAUGUGAAGUAGGGUCUGUACCAGCUAUAGGUCUAACCAACUCCUUAAUAAUAAUACAAAUGUAGAACACAUGCACAGUGUGAGAUAAAUGCAAGGCUCAUUCCAGUAUAGUCCCUGUGACAAAGAAACUGCAGUGAACUAAUACAGGUGGAGACAUGCCUAAAGAAAGGAGGGGCAGGCAGUGACUAAAAGUGAUUAUUUCCUGAUGUGGUGAAUUUCAGUUCGUAUUUCUUUUACCUUUCCCUGACAGGAUAGCUGAUGUUGGUAAACGUUAAAUAUUUCAUCCUGAAUGCUGUCAGGGGAAAUUGAUUGCUGAAAGUGAAUAAAAACAGCCAAUGGAUAUAGUA